CCGCCGUGCCCCGCGCCCAUGGCCGCCCGAGGGCUGCUGCGGGCGGCGGGAGCCGUGCUCCGCGCUCCGGCCCGCGGCUACGCCAAGAAACCCGCCGCAAAGUCCAAAGGCAAGGGUGCGCCGAAGGAGGCGUUGAAGGGGCCGGAGGUGUGCACGGACCCCACCAUGCUUGCCACCCACGCCAUUGGAGUCAACUACUUCAAGGAGGGUCCCGAGGUGGCCCUGAAGCCCGACUCCGAGUACCCUGACUGGCUCUUUAAGAUCCACCUCGGGCCCCCCAAGAAGCUGGAGGAGCUGGACCCCGACUCGCUCGAGUAUUGGAGGCGCCUGCGGAAGUACAACACAUGGCAGCGCAACAGGUUGAAGAAGGGCAAGAAGCUGUAGGUCCUGCUGAGCUUGGGGCUUCCUCGUGUGCCAGCACAGGUGGCACUGGGACCUGCCCUGGUUUUGGUCUCCUCUUUGCUGUAAAUAAAAAAUAAAUCUCU